AUUUCACUUAGACCCACGAAAUAAUCUGAUUUUAGGAAGAAAAUGGCACCUUCGAAAAAGACCGCUGCUGCCCCUUUAAAAGACUCCAAACGGACAAAUGUUAACAGAGACAUUAAAAUUCUGAAGCUCUGCUUGAAUAUCUGCGUCGGCGAAAGCGGUGACAGGCUAACGAGAGCAUCAAAAGUGUUGGAGCAGUUGACUGGUCAGACCCCGGUAUCUUCCAAGGCCAGAUACACUGUGCGAUCAUUCGGAAUCCGCAGAAACGAAAAGAUUGCUGUUCAUUGCACAGUGCGCGGCGAAAAGGCAGAUGAACUUUUGGAGAGAGGACUCAAGGUGAAGGAGUACGAAUUGAGAAAAGGGAACUUCUCCGAUGCCGGAAGUUUUGGAUUUGGUAUCCAGGAACACAUCGACUUGGGCAUCAAGUACGACCCAGCCAUUGGAAUCUAUGGUAUGGACUUCUACGUGGUGUUGGGUCGUAACGGUUAUUGUGUCUCCAAGCGAAGACGAUGCAAGAACGUCAUUGGCGUGCAACAUCGUGUCAAGCGAGAGGAAGGCAUGAAAUGGUUCCAGCAGAAGUAUGAUGGUGUCAUCAUGAAUUAGUUUGAUCUUUAACAUCGAAUUGAUAUCUGCUGAUCA